AUGCCUGAGUCUGACUAUUUCAAUCUCCAGUAUCUCGAUGAUGAAAAUACGUUUCAAAGUCAAAAGAAAAGUACCGCAAGACUGAGGUCAUCGAGUACAAGUUCUAGAGUACCACCAUACGGAAAAUCAAAUGGUGGCCCCAUUAGUCCUGGAAUACCCUCAAACUCACAUCUACGAUCACCAAACUCAACGCUCAAUUUAAUACCAAAUACGUCGACUUCUAGCUCCUUCAGACUUCCUAGUAGAAUACCGGGAGGUCAUACACAGCAAUCCCAGCCGCAGUCCGGACAGCAAUCUCAACAACUACAACAAAUCCAAAAGUCCAUAUCUGCAGGCUCUUCAGCGCACUCGAGUAGAAGGGCGUCAUUGUCAGGCGCAAGCACUACGAGGCAAGCGCCGCCUCCAGGAUCGCCCAGCAAGCAUUGCAGACACGAGGGUACAACGGGAGGGAAAAGACAUUCGUCGGUAACGUCAGAUGCUACAGUAACGACUCCCACUUUGGUGAUACCGCCUGAGCUGGCGUCCUUGAGCACACAAAGUACAUCGGCUGUACCAACCCCGCAGCCAAAUCCUACAGUGCAACACCACCCUUCAAACAAUAGUAGUACAAACUUAGUCAAUUCAACAGUGGCUAAUGCCUAUCAAAUGGAUACUAUAUCACCAUCCUCCUCAACGAAGUCAUCAAUGAAUCUUGGCAAUGGAUCCACUCUAAGUCUCAGAUCUUAUAAGAAACAGUAUGUUUUAAAUGAACAAGUUUAUUUGGAUAAGAUGAAGAAUAGUGCACCCGGUGAUUACUAUACUCGUGGAAUUGCACCAGAGUCUACGAAUGAUGAUAACGAUGAACUGGAACUGGAAAUGGAUGAUAUUAUUGACACAAAUUCUAAGGACGAUGAUGACUUUGACUUCGGUACCAAUUUUUUCACCGCGAGCACCGAUCCGGAUAACUUAGUAGCAAUGAGUUCUAAAUUUCUUAUGCAUAGACUAGAAUGGUUAAGACAAACAGAUCCAACGAAUACGGUUGUCGAAAAAGUGUUCCAGGAAUUGGAUUCUAGACUAUGUUCAAAAUCCAAUAAAGAUAAUGAGUUAACUAUAACUUCUCUGACAACCUUAUCUAUGGAUACGCAAGAACUUUUGACGCAGUUAUCGCAGCACCCACUCAUAGUUGAAAGAUUUGAAUGGCAGACAAUGCUUGCGAAUGUGCUAAGAGGUGAUAUCGUGACAAGCGAAAAGACAAAAAUUGCCAAACAAAAUAAAGGCAGUGAUAUAGAUACUCAUUUUCAUGAUGAUAUAUGGCUUGAAUUGAAGGCUUAUAUGAGUGGUAAGCCGGUAGAGAAAACAGUUAAGCAACUGAAUGCCUUGAGAGAAUCCACUGACGGUUUUUUUCAAGAAAUUAUAGAGUUCAGGUUAGAUGACGAGGUUCCCGCAGAUAAAGCGGAAGAUUUAAUAAGACCGCUGCUUAAGAAAUAUUAUAAAGUUGUAAAUUAUUGGAGUAAUAUGAAAAAAAUGCAUCAAGAUAAACCGAUAACGAAAACUGAGGAAUUUAUUACACGUAUUGAAGCGUUGAACAGCUGGAUAAACUUCAAGUCCAAUUUUGAAAUGCAUGUCUCAUCAUUGAAGCGAUGGGUGGGAAACGAUGAACUUGAUUUAGUCAAUAUUUAUGAGUCUAAGGAAAGUGAUUACGGUAAGUUCAGAAGCACAGGUUUUUUCGCUGAACAGGUCAUGAAAGAAAGGGAUAUUGAAACAGUUUUCCAAAGGAAAAUCUUUUUUCCAUUAGCACCUUGGGUUCUUGAGACGAAAUUAUCAUUUUUGAGAUAUGAGCAUACCAUGAAGAAACUGAAUCUCAAUUUAUCGAGCGAAAAUCUUGAGUUGCUGAUCAUGUUUCCGAUGCGUCUUUUGAAAGAAAUUAUUGUUGUCCGUUUGUCAUAUGCUCAGAGAUUGCAAAAUCCCACCAUGAUGAUGAUUGACCAAAUGAUUGACGACUUCAGCUCUUACAUCCGUUUGUCAGUGCAACUGAAGUUCACAGUUACCGAAUAUUGUAAAGAUUGGCAAUUUUACGUCAGGAUAGAUCCAAAUUUUGAUAAUACGGUCAUCGAUGCGAUACGCUAUUUAUUCACGCUAUUACAUCUAAAACUUUUGGACUGCACGAAAAGAUCUUUUAAAACUUUCAAAGAAGCAGAUGAGCUUUACAAAUACUGGGAAAAGCUGAAAAAUGUUGGGCACUAUAUAGAUGGUGCUGGGGAAAUUAUAGCACAAAAGUUCAAUAAGUUGACUUUACGUCUAAUUCAUAGACUGCACUCAUAUCUUUUACAACAGCAGAAUUCUCCCCCCAAGCUGACGAAUAACACAGAUCUCGAAAAAUGGUUGGUACAGAUCUUUGAAAAUUUAGGAUCAAUGAAACGAAAACUAAAUAGGUUUACCAACGUUUUGACGAAGGCAUUUCAGAACUCUGUAAAUUACAAAGUUGAGAAUCAUAAGCUCCUUCUUCAAAAUUUAAAAGAUACGGGACACUUUUUGAUUUUCACAGGAGGUGAUCUAGAGCAAGAGGGUAUUUAUUUGAUUGGGAGCGCAGAACUUCUAGGAUGCUCAGACGAAGAAAUACUCAAAAUUCUAUACAACUCUGAGAUUGGCUGUGAUAUGAUACCAAAGCUUGAGAUAAGAAACAGUCUCUCCCUCUAUAACGCGGUUGAAAAGGGCUGGGAUCCUAAUACAAUGAUUGUUCAAGAAGUUGAUUCUGAGGGUGUCUGUUAUUAUCACAUUCAUUCAGAGACAUCUAUGAAUCAUAAUCAUCUACGUGAUUCGAAUUAUGGAACUGAGAAUAUGGAUCACAUAUAUAGGGAGUAUCGUGACACGGAACAGGAAAUCAUUGAUCUAGAAAUGAAGCUGCAUUCUUUAGGAUAUAUACUGGUCUUAUCCCCAGGGGAGCCUAUGUUAUGGGAAGGUGACAUGUAUAACUUAUCAGAUGAAAAGGUGAUAAAAGCUGAAGAAUUCAGAUUGAAGGUUAAUCAGAAUACAUUGAUACUUUUGAAUCAAGGCUCUAGUUAUGCUCUGGAAUAUCAAUCGGAUAGAUUCCAGCAGAUAGCCGGUGAUUCAGUUUCAUUCAUAGAAAGAAGGUGUUCAUUUGAACAGGUGGAAAAUGAUUUGCAAAGAAUCAACAAAGCGUACUUCCGAUUUACUUAUAGUGUUUUGAGUAAUUCUCCAAAAUUUAUCAACAAUUUCCAAAGGACAUGUCCUGACAAUGAGGCGCUGAAUAGUGUGUUCUUAUUUGCCCGUGACUUUGGUCGCAAUUUUUUACGCACGAAUGUAACAACGUAUGACAAGAAGUCACUUAUCAUACUGUUGAUGGUGAAACUAAGCGUUAGUUGGAUUUCUUUUCUGGUGUCUGAAUGCGAUCCUAAUGAUCAAAAAACAUUUCGUUGGUGUGUUCCUGCUAUGGAAUUUGCCAUGCAAAUGAUAAACGGUUGGAAUGUUCUCGGUCUUGAUGAGGAGCAAUUUUCAGCUUUGAAACAAAAAAUUGCGGCAUGUAUGUCAUUGCUAAUAUCACACUUUGAUGUGAUGGGUACAAGGUCAGGAGAGGCUGACAAGAUAACUCAACAGACAAGACCCGCCAUCCUCAUUGAAGAUGAUAUGGAUGAUAUUUCAACGCUUCAAAUUAACUCAGAACUUCGAAUGCUGGCAAUCAAAGAGCUGGAACAGAACACUAGGCGGAACCCUCACCAGAUUGGGAAAGUCUUGGAUGACACUGAUAAAGAAAAUAAAUACCUUCUUUCAUUGGCAUCAUCGAUGUCAAAUGUUUCGAUGAGAUGGAAAAAAAGAAAUUUUAUUGGCGGUGGUACUUUUGGUUCAGUUUAUUCGGCUGUUAAUCUAGAUAAUGGUGAGAUCCUGGCUGUGAAAGAAAUUAAGAUUCAGGAUUCGAAAACGAUGGAGAAAUUCUUCCCAUCUAUAAAAGAAGAAAUGUCCGUUUUGGAAAUGUUAAAUCAUCCGAACAUUGUACAGUAUUUUGGUGUUGAGGUUCACCGUGACAAGGUUAAUAUAUUCAUGGAAUACUGUGAAGGUGGCUCCCUGGCAAGUCUCUUAGAACAUGGUCGCAUUGAAGACGAAAUGGUUACUCAAGUGUACACAUUGGAGCUUUUGGAGGGGUUAGCAUAUCUUCAUCAGUCUGGCGUUGUCCACCGUGAUAUAAAGCCUGAGAACAUAUUAUUGGAUUAUAGUGGUAUAAUAAAAUAUGUUGAUUUUGGCGCUGCAAGAAAAAUUGCGAAGAAUGGUUCAGAUACUGUAAGUGCGUCUAGAACUGUGGCAAGCAAUGAAAGUUCUAGUUCUAAUGAAAAAGAACCUCUAGGUGAGCCAGAAGGCCCCGCCGCUCAAGAUAUGAUGGGAACACCCAUGUACAUGGCUCCAGAAUCUAUCACUGGAUCUUCCAAUAAGGGCCGUUUAGGUGCCGAUGAUGUCUGGUCUCUGGGAUGUGUUGUUCUUGAAAUGAUAACCGGUAGACGACCAUGGGCAAAGUUAGAUAAUGAGUGGGCAAUCAUGUAUCAUGUCGCAGCAGGACACACGCCACAGUUGCCUAAUAAGGAUGAGGUUUCGGCUGCUGGGAGGAAAUUUUUACGCCGUUGUUUAAUUCAAAAUGCAAGUAAGAGAUCGAGCGCCGUGGAGCUUUUGAUGGAUCCAUGGAUUGUACAGAUUAGAGAUUUAGCAUUUGGAGACGUAAACCCAAUCAAAACAGAGCCAUUACAGGAGUUGGAUGAGGUAUCUUGA